AUGGGUGUUAUGCGUCUCCCCCGCCCAACGGGCAUCUAUGUCCCCAAUUCACCAAGAACCCUCACCAACGACAUGAUCUCCCCACCACUCUCUCCAGAAUUCAGCUUCGAUUCUGAGACUGUAACACCCUCUCUUAUCCCAGCUCUGGAAUACAUCUCCUCCAAACUCCAACAAAGAAUGAUGCACAUCACCCUCCUCAUCGGCCGCGGAAAGCCCUACCCGACCGGGCAACCCUCCGACCUAAUGAUCAUCCCCAUCCAUCCAAUCGAGUCGCAAGCAUGGCGCGUACUCGAACGUGCCAUUGCCAAAGGCUCGAGAAAGUUCUCACUCGGCCCCAGCUGGACAGACGCCAUCAGCCGCAGCCAGUAUGAGCGCCAGGCAAACGAUCACCUCGUCAAGCAAUCCAUCCUCCAGAACGAAGUUAUCUUCAGCCAGGAGGGUCUAACUCUCCUGAAUAUGGACCGUAUCUAUACUUUCAAGCGCCGCAUGUGUAUCCUCUCUACCCGUCCCUUCUCCCGUGACGACGAACAAUCAAUGUCAUCUUGUGUCCACCUACUCCACCGCAUCGUCCGGGAUUUCUCCAAUCGCCCCUUCAGCAAAGCUUUCUUCCACCGCGUCUAUGAACAACUCGAUGUCCCAGAUGAGCAGCUCACUGCUGCCGCAGUUGCGUACAAGAAAGUCCACAACCAGGAUGCUAUCAUUCUUCCCGUCCAGGCGAAAGCUCCAGCUCCAGCUCCGGCUCCAGUGCCAGCUCUAGGUUUAGCUUCGGCUCCAGCUUCGGUUCCAGCUUCAGUUCCAGCUUCAGUCCAAGCUUCAGUUCCAGCCAAGAUCGAAGCCAUUGUUCCAGCAAAGGUCACAGAAACCGUCCAGCCUAAAGUCCAGGCACAGGUUCAAGCAAAGGUCCUACCCAAAGCUGCUGAGCGAGCCAUUUUGAAGCCCAAGGCUGAUCCCAUCCCUAUCCGGGUGAAGACCGAACGCCCUCGUGAAGUGAAGAGAUCACCCAUCCAAACUGUUCGCGGUCGGAGAGUGCCUCCACCGUCGAAGAUGCGAGGAUACAAUAAGCGUGGACCCAAGACGCCUCUUUCGGCGUCGGAUGUUACUCCCAUCACGCGGAAUGAGUGGAAUAUUCUUGUUAGCCAGGAUAUUCGUAUUCAGCCUAAGGUUACCAAGUGGAUUCCGUCGCCGACUGUUCUGGCCGCUGCUUGA